CGCACUGUUGACGGAAGUUCAGGACAACCCCCCGGGAUGAGGACCGGUUAUGCUCCCUCAUAACGACCUGGCCAAGCUCGAUGAUGUUGUCUAGCAUGAGUUGUCAAAGACGUGAGCUACAGGACACAUAGCUCUGCCUAAACAGGCGGACUCGACCAAAAACUGCGCAUUGUCCGAUGCUCACUGGAUCUCGCUGGCGCUCUGGAACGCUUUUCUCGUCUCAAUGAGCAGUAAAAAGACAAGAGAAAAAGCACUGCUGCUUGCUCUCACCGCCCCCCAGUGCAGACGGUCACUACGUAGCUCACCAAAGCGCUCGCUUUGAGGGCUUCAUCUGGCUCCUAGUUGCUCUAAGGCUUUGAUGCACUUAUAGCUGCCUCUCAUGCACUCAAAUUUGAUCAAAGCACCAUGGAUUGUCCAGAUAUCCCUUGUGAAAUCCAAGGAUCACGAUCAUCCCGCUAGUUUCUCGACUUUUCUCUUUGGCAACUCAAAGCCUCAAUGUAAAAUUGCUGGUUCUCGGCCGAUGAACAAGCUGAGGCAGGUUAUCCUGCAUAAUGCCAUUCACGAUGUGGCUGUGUCGGUCGACCUUGUCUACGCUAUAACUGUGCUGGCAGAAUCCUCCCUUAAACUCUUCCUUACCGAGCUCUUUUUGGGCACUGUCAAAGUCAAACUCGACGUAGAGUUCUUUCAAGAAAUUGGUGACGGGAUCGGAAUACUGAAGAUUGAUAUCGCUGGGUCCGGUUGCGUUGGUGGCAGUCCUAAAUGUGAUGAAUACAGAGAUCUUUCUGAUCGGCUGAACCUUACACGCGCUGAGGGCGAAAAAUGGAUCGUCAACUUUAUCCGUGAGACUCGAAUGGGCGCGGAUACUAAGAUUGAUUUGGAGAAGAACGUCAUCCAAAUAAGUCGUCCGCCUCUCCCGAUAUACCAGAGCAUGAUUGAGAAGACGAGAGGGCUUGCAAUUCGGACGCAGGCGCUUGGCGCGGCGGUCGCGAGGACAGGAUAGCAGCCAGUUCCGCAAACUAAAGUUUCUACACAUCAUAUCAGGGCGCUAGUUCUCACUAUUUUCAUGGUCCAAGAAGCGUCAUUUCUUCUCUAUCUCGUAUUGUCCGUG